AUGAAUGCGAAAGAUUUUAGAGCUAUACAUUUUUAUACGAAUAUUUACAUUUUUAUAGGUGCGAUCAAUUUGCAAUGUUAUAUUUGCGGUGAUGACAAUUUGGAUGAAUAUGGCGAAUGUCGAGCACAAUUUCAAUAUGAUUGCGACGAAUAUGCAAAAAAUUUUGAGCCUACGGAAAUGAUUUUAUGUCGAACGUUAAGAAAGCAAAUUAGUUCAAGUAAAAAAAGUAACUAUAUGAUAAUGAAAGAAUGCAUCAGUGAACAUGAUCACUUGAAAAUUUUUCCAUCAAAGCAAUCAGCUUUUGAUGAAAAAUGUGAUUUAACUGUUAUCGACGGAAAUCAGUUUGCAUACUGCCUAUGCCGGAAUAAUUUAUGCAACGCAAAAACGAUUCUCACACAGUUUGACGAUUUUGCUGAAGUAAUUCGUAUUGUUGAAAACAAACAAAUAUACCAGAAAAUAGCGAUGAAAAUAGCAAAAAUUGCUCCACUUUUUUACGUGAUAAAAAGAAUUAUUCAAUAA